GCAGCCCAUUGCACAAUUGCCUGUUUUCGGGGAGAGAAAGGACUUCUUUUCAACAACAUUCGUCGGUCUGUCCACAUGAUAUAAAGAUUUAGGGCGUUCGUUGUGUAGUUUAUAAUAUUUGAUAAUCACUCGCUGCGUUUUCUUGUUAAACCUGUCACAAUUUCCCAAUAGGCAGCGCGUUCAAAUCUAUUCGCGACAGGGUUGAAAAAAGAAAACCCCGACUCCAUCUGGUUGUGAGGUAGUCUUCGUUAGCUCGCUUAUUUAGCCAGGAGCUACCAGUAGAUUUACGGCUUAUAUCCGCGGCUACUUUUCUAGGAAGACCAGCUAAAUCUUUGGUUACUCGGCAGCCACGAUGAUGUGGUUAGUUUACGCCAGUGAGCGAGUGCAAGCUAAAUAAUUGAUCCGAUUCCGAAAACAAACACAACCCGCGUUCGAGCCGAGUUCGCUUUGGCCUGUUUGCAUUGUAUCCUGACGUCGGUCGUGUCGGUUUGUUCGACUAGUGAGUGCGGCGUCAAAUUUAGCUGCGGUGCCGUCAACAAACGAGUCAGCAGCUGUCGAUUGGGGAAAUAACUUGAGGGAAGCCAAGUGUCAAGUAUGGCGCAGCACGAUUGCUCUCAUGUCGCAAGUUCGCAGAAGGCUCUUAUGCUGGAAAUGAAGAGUCUCCAAGAGGAGCCAGUCGAGGGCUUUAAAAUAACGCUGGUGGACGAGGCGGAUAUGUACAACUGGGAAGUGGCCAUUUUCGGGCCACCAAAUACACACUACGAGGGGGGGUAUUUCAAGGCCCGGAUCAAGUUCCCAAUGGACUACCCUUAUUCUCCACCUUCCUUCAGAUUCCUCACCAAGAUGUGGCAUCCCAACAUCUACGAGAAUGGAGAUGUUUGUAUUUCUAUAUUGCACCCACCAGUGGAUGACCCGCAAAGUGGAGAACUGCCUUCGGAGAGAUGGAAUCCCACCCAGAAUGUCCGAACCAUUUUGCUGAGUGUCAUCUCACUGCUGAAUGAGCCAAACACCUUCUCUCCCGCCAACGUGGAUGCCUCUGUCAUGUACCGCAAAUGGAGGGACAGCAAGGGCAAGGAUCGUGAAUAUGUCGAGAUCAUCAGAAAACAAGUAUUGGCCACCAAGGUUGAGGCGGAACGCGACGGGGUACAGGUGCCCACCACGCUGGCCGAAUACUGUGUCCGCACACGUGCUCCGCCUCCCGAUGAGGGCUCCGACCUCUUCUAUGACUAUUAUUACGAUGACGACGACGUCGAGGACGGAGAUGGCGACUGCUGCUAUGACGAAGAUGACUCUGGCAACGAAGAGUCGUGACACGCCUUUCCCAACAGCGUGACCAUUCUUUGCUGACACGCGACGACCCCCUUUUACUGGCCGGGGGUCAUCUGAGAGGUCCGAGGUCUGCAAGUGAGAAAUAUUUGACACCUGUUUGUAAACCAAUGAAACGAGAUGAUUUUAUCUUAGCUUGCGCGCUCUUUGUUAAAGCUGAAUUGAUGGGCUCAUGUGGAUUUGCUGAGAUUUGCACCAGCAAAAAAAAAACAAAA